AUGACCGCCCGCGAUGAAGCUUUCUACCGCCGGGCGGUGAAGCUGCUGAGCUUUGGAUUCUUCGGAGUAUUUGGAGGGUUUCAGGCGGCGCAGGGCUUGCAGUCCUCGCUGAAUGCUGAGCUGGGCGAGUUGAACUUGGCUUGCCUGUACGGAACUUUCACAGGCUUAUGUCUGGUGGUGCCACCAGUUCUCUCUCAUUUGGAGAGAUGGCUUGGCAUGCAGUGGCUGCUGGCACUUUGCUCUGCAGCCUAUGCGGCCAUGGCGCUCUCCAACGUCAUCAAAGUGCCUGCAACACCCUCACCAAUGUGGGCAGUCACCGUUUCCUUCAACGUGUUGGUUGGAGUUGCUGCUCCUCUGCUUUGGACAAGCCAAAACACCUAUCUUAGCCGCUGCGCCCUUCACGCAGCAGCACUUUCGCAAGAAGCUUCUGGCAUAGUGACAACGCGCUACAAUAGUUUGUUCUUCUCGAUUUACCAAUUUGCUGGCAUGUUCGGUAAUAUCCUGGCUUCUGCCAUCUUGGUGGCAUUUGGCACCAUCCCCUGGGCAAAGGACAUUCUGUUCUUUGCUUUGACCCUCUGCUGCCUGAUGGGUGCCUCAGUUUUCCUGGCAAUGCCGACUGUGGUACACGAUUUGGGUGAUGAGGAGAAGCUACCCAGAAUUGCCGAUACGGGUCGACUUGCAUUCACGGAUGCCAAGAUUGGGUUAAUGAUCCCGUUCAUGUUAACGAACGGGAUGUGUUUGGCCUUCUUCCUGGGCGACUUUCAGACUGACGUUACUUGCCCAGUUGCCGGGCCUGCUUACACCGGAUUCGUGAUUGCUGCAUUCUAUGGUGUGAAUGCUGUUUCCUCUGCAGCCUGGGGUUUCCUUAUAACUCGAAAGUGGCUCUCGCGCCGCACGGUCUUCAUAGUCGCCACACUGUUCGUGGCCGGCUUUUUGCUCAUCAAGCAACUCUGGACGGUGCCACAGAACUUCCACUUGAUUCCGGGGAGUACGACCUGGCAAAAAGCGGACACACCAGAUUGGAAAGCAAUUCUGGCAGUGUUUGCGAUGGCCGGUGCAUUUGCGUGUGGUGACUCGUUUUGCGAAGCCGGGCCUGCAAUGACCUUGCAGACCUUCUAUUCCAGCUCAGACCAAGUCAUGGCGGCUAUGGCCAAUUACAAGCUGUGGCAGAGCCUGGGCUUUGCAGCAGGGUUCUUCAUCGCCAUACCUCUGAAAGAGUUUCCGGCAGUUCGAGGAGCAAUUCUUCUUUCUCUGUCGGUGCUGUCGCUGUUUUCGAUCCUACUGUUGGACCGAUACGUAUAUCCCGUGGAUGGUUUACGAGACACAGAGCCGUGCCAAGUUUUAAACGGAUGA